AGAUCAGCUCUGACUGUCUGAGCUCUCUGCCUUGUUAUUUCGAGGAUCGAAAAGAUGAUUUAAUGGUACAUCAAGAAUAUCAACUCCUUGAGUUCAUACCAACAGAAUAUUCAGCAUGACCCAAAGAGGGGACCCCUCGCGUGCCGUGGCACUUGAUCUCAUGUUGCGCACGUUCAUGAAUACGUCGGAAUUCAACGACAUGCAGCCCAAGAACUGGGGCGCCAUCGCCAAGUUGAUCCCGGGCACGAUGCCUCAGGAAUGCGCCCAGCGCUUUGAAGAGUUGCAGUCUGCUGCUGGUGACCUGUCACAUGUUGGAAACCUUUCCACCAUGGCAGCCCAAGGGAAGCCAGCGCCACGGGGCAAGACUGCAGAGGGCAGCAGAAGGAGAGCACACAACAGAAGCCAGGGUAGACCAAACAGCAGCCUCCAGCAAGACGGCAAGACCAGAUGGAAGACAAAGCAUCAGGAGAAAGAAGAUUUGAUAGCAGCUAAUCUUAGCGAGACCAAAGAGGUUAAGAACGAUACUCAACCGAGAACACAAAAGGAAACAGCAGUAAAUCAUAAAGGGCAACCAGAAGGCCCCAAUAUAGUGAUUCAUGUCUGUGAUGAAGCAAAGAAUGUUAAGCGUGAUUUCAGCUGCCCUCGCGAUCUGCUGGUCCGAGAGAUGAAAUACUUUGCCGAGUACCUCUCCCUGGACGCCCAGCGCUGGGAGGAAGUGGACAUCUCGGUCCACUGUGAUGUCCAGAUCUUUGAAUGGCUCAUGCGCUACGUCCAUCGCCAUUUCCCUGAGAGAGUAGCACAGGUCUCAAAACUAGAGGCCAGUAAUGUGAUAUCUAUCCUCAUAUCAUCUGACUUUCUCAAAAUGGAUGCACUGGUGAAAGAGUGUAUAGAAUUCUGCCACAAGCACAUGUCAGCCAUCGUCUCUACUCCUUGCAAUAUGAACUGCAUCAAUGACAAACUGGUCACCAGAAUUGCUAGCCAGUUCAAGGAUGUUGAGGCUGAUGAAGUCAAGGACAAGAAGGACAAAUUUAAAAGCAAACUCUUCAUGAAGAAAAUUGAGAACCUUUGUGAUUCGUCCAAGCCCACAGCAACUAUGUACAAGUGCUAUCAUUGCAAGCGAAUACUUACCAAAGUAUCAGAGAGCGAGCUCAAGUGUAUUCCUAGCAGGUUAAGCAUUGAUAGAACAGGCAAAUUACUCUAUCAUCAUGAGAGACUUGCUUCAUGGGACAUCAAUGAAUACCUGAUAUCUCUUCACACUGAACUCAAGACAUGGAGGGAUGUGUACUGGAGACUAUGGGGUCAACUCAACAUCCUGAAGUGUUCAAGGUGUAAGCAGGUAUUCCAAUGUUCCGAGUUCAACCAGUGUCGUCUGCACCCUCAGAAAGCAGUCUUUGUGAAUUCUGUUGAUAAGACCUUCAAGGCGUCCGUAGUAGGAUCCUAUCCAUGCUGUGAGCAGCCAGCUUAUAGGUUUGAUCCGCUAGAACAAGUCACGGGUUGCCAAGUUAAGGAUCAUCUAGUGACCUUCUCUGGACUGGACAAGUCGGAUUCCUCCAAACACAAGGGAGAAACCAGUAUCUUGGACACUUUGCUAGACCGGAAGGAUGUCGUCUGUGUGGGAGCUCCACAGGUUGCACCAGAAAAGUGGUCUGAAGCUAAUGUAUUCAGCGCUGAUGAAGUCCUGAGUGGAGUUAUCGAUGAAGGACUAGGGGUCAAAGGUCAUCUUCAUGACAUCUUCCCAGAUGACAACAUGCCAUUUGCCAAACAUAUUGAGGUCCAGCCGGAGCCUAUGGCAUCCUCAACUGAUGAUUGGGAUAGCUCUGAUGAUGAAGUUGGGGAUGAUGAAGAACAGACCAGAGGAAAAGGCACAUAUAGAAAAGGGCCCAUCAGCAGAAAGCAGUCGAGCAAGAGUGCAGUCGGGAGAGAGAAACAGGGAUCUGCUAAGUCUCGCCAUUCAGCAACUUCCAAAAGACAUCGUAAGAAGUGGGAUGCUACUCGAUCCCUCAGGUAUAAUCAGGAUACUCAAAGAGAAGAAGACCAACUGAGGAGUAACUUCCUAGUACAGCACCUACUCAAGCUGAGGAUCCCGCUGGUUGAAAAACAACAGGAGAAAACAAAGAUAAAGGAGUAUGCUGGAGGGAUGUUUAGUAGAGUUGAUGCUCAGUUCAGGGCCAGCCAGCAAGUCACCAAACAAGUCACCCUGCAACCUGUAUCAAGGACCAAGAGCCGCAGCAUUUCCAGCAAACUGCCCUGAGCUGAGUGUGCUCAUUGAUGACAUCAUCAGCAUACAUCAUUCUCAUUCCGUCCUGAUUAAAUGCAAUAACAUACCUGUCAACCCUUACAAAUAAUCCAGAAAAUUCGGUUUUUCUGGAUUUAUAGGACCUGAAAAUCCGGAAUAUUCAAUUAUCAUGUCCCGCGAUUUGAUAGUUCACGUAUUGUGUGCGUUGAAUGGCUGCAUGAUCGAGCAGCAAAUCUGUAUUCGUUUUUUGGUACAGUUACCGCAUAUUGCCAGUUUCACUGCCGCUGCAAGUGCGAUUUCUUAUUUUCGAAGGCACACAGUGCUAGAAAUUCCUAAGUCUUAUUUUCAAAUGUUGGCAGGUAUGCAAUAAUAUAUCAAUGAAAGUAGAGCUAGAGGGUAGAGACACUAAUAUCCAGAGUCCUUAGUGCAUAGAGUCAUUUUAGCAUAGUGUGAUGCAUAGUAUUAUUACUAUUUAUUUAUCAUUAUUUAUUGUUAACAAGAAAAGUAGGCUUUAUAGACAGGUGAUCUUUCUAUAAACACUUUUCACUGUAAUACCUUUAAAUUGAAGGUAAUUCAUAGAGUUGGUUUAAGUUUAAUGGUAGAAAAUCAACUUCACUUUUUUGUUAAUGUUUGUUCUAAAAUGCUUGCUUUAAAAAAAAAAAUCAUAUAAUAUCAAUAGGCAUAUAUUCUUUGGAUAAAUAUUUCGCAGAUGAAUAUCCUGGUAUGGCUGGCCUACCACAUUAUUAAUGUCAAACAAAGGAAUUCGUUUACAACUUUUAAUUUAGAUUUAUGGUUCUAUUUAAGUUUAGAAAUGGUAAAUUAUUAAACAAAAGUGGGUAUUGUCAAAUGAGACCAUGCAGUGAGUUAAAUUAAAAAGGGUAACAAAGAUUUGUCCAUCUGGAUGGAUAGGUCUGACCAUGUCAUUGUCCUUUCAAUUGAAAUGAGCUAAUUAGUAAUAUUCUCAAAUGAGGAUGAUAAAACAAAAAUUAAUUUAGAUGAAAGCUAUUCUCAAUGUCAAUCUAAAACUCAAAAGUGAGAGAGGAAUGUAUGGUAGCUACAAAUAUGAAUAUGUAUUCAUUACAGAAAAUCUAGUGUUUGCCCUUUUUCAUUUAUUUAUCUAUCGGACAUAGAGAGAAUUGCCAGGUACAUCUCUAGAAUAUGUAUGAAUUAUCAAACUCUACUGCCUAUCUGUUUAUCCAAGUGUUCCUUCUCAAUGUUUCGUCAAAGAACUGAUAGAUUGGCUCUUGUCUUUCUAUGGUGGUGUAGAUUUCUUGAAAUAUUUUAGAAGGAAAACUACUAUAUUGUCCUUUUUUGCAUAUUUAUAUUUCAAAAUGUAUAGUGAGAUCUUGGUUUAAGCAUUAUUUAUUGAGUAAAAUCUUAUGUAAUAAAUAUAUUUGCCAUCUAAUGCAUA